GACAAAACCAUGGAGGAGCCAUAUAUACAAUAUAAUGAGAUAUUCCAUAACUUUGGAGUUUGCUAUACCCCAUAAGUUAGAGGCAUCAUACAUAACCAUAUUGUAUACAUAAAAUGUGCUGUAUUCAUAGUUGAAUUUAAUACUCUCUAGGUUUAUAGUUUGUGGGACAGAAGUAGAGUGAGCAAAAGAGAGAGGAAAAGUCAUAGUGAGAGAGAGCAUUUGGGAUUUUGUUGAGAGAGAGUCGCACAAGUCUUGGGUAUAAGCACUAUAGAUUUUAUAACUGAACCCAAACAGCCAUUUUACACAAUCACGAUGGUGAGUAGUGGUAAUAUGCUUCUAGCCAGUCUUUCGCCAAACUUCGUGUGGAGCGCAUCGAUGCGGUUUACCAAUCUUUUUUUUUUGUACCUUCUACACCCAAAAUAAAGAGACAAUUUACUAUGGACUAUAAGUGAACGAUAAAGUGCAAUAAAAAGUAUAUAUAUAUAGUUGUUGACGGGGAGAUAAGAAACAUUAGUGUUAAGGGAGAGAAUUUGUGUGAGAGACAGUUCAAUAAGGGUAAAAACUACCACUCCUUCUCUCAGAAUUUUUAGAAUGUUGUGUUAGAGGUUUGUGCUUUUUCUCACAAGUGACAUUUCCACCCGAUUCUCGAGCUUUUCCUGUGACAAGUUUCAAAAAAAAAGAAAGAAGGAAUAAUACUGUCAGAAAGUGGCGAAUUUCCAGAGAGAAAAAAAAUUGUGUAAAAAUAACUCUGUAAAGUACAUAUUAGAAAGGAUGUCGCAAAAACUGUGGACCGUUCAAAAACCUGGAUGAUCUUCUCUAAGUUAUAUAUAUAUAUAUAUAUGUUGUUCUUCGAACUUGCGUGAUUUGUGUUUUAUUGCUGCAAGAAAAGAAAAGAGGUAUAUCUGUUAACCAUAUAUAAACUCUUGGAUAGUGACUGCAAAAAAAGAAAGAAUUAAAUUCAAUUGUUGGAAGACCAAGUGAGAGAGAGAGACUGUGAAUUAAAUUGAAAAUUGCGUGUGCAAGAAAAGUUAUAGCAUUGGAAUAAUAAAACUCUGUGGAGAGUCUCCUCUUUGGUGUAUAUAUCUGUGCACUGUUUGGUGUGUUGUGUCUUACAAAGUGAUAUUAAAACAACUCGAGUUUAAGCCGUUAUAUAAGGUGGAAUUACAUGAUUGAAUAUAAUAAUAUAAUGAAAGAAAAGGAGAGAAACUGAGAGAGGAGCACAAGGAGAAAUUUAAAAAUACAAAAAUAAAAUAAAACAUCAGGAAAAUUUCUUUUUACGAACUAAUCUCCUUUGAGGAUCUUUCUGGUACACGCUUAAAAAUCGUGUGUUUACGACAAAGCCGUCGAAAGGAACAACAUCUCCACAUGAUAGAGAUCAAAUGGCAUAAUCGCUAUUGAUUAGGAAAUAGACAAGAAGGUGUCGGCUUAACAAAUUAGCAAAUGAUUGCCAAAAAAAAAGAACAACCCGACUCCAAGAUUGAGAGGAAGACAAGCGUAUAACUGAAAAUUGACAUUUGAAUUUUCAAAGACGAAAAAAAGCAGAAGAAACUGUUAAAAAAAAGAAAAGAAAACCACAAAAUUCACCAAAAAUUUGCGCCAAGAGCUUGAGAGAGCAAAAGAGUUUUCUAAAUUCGAGCUUAUAUGCAGAUUUAAUAAUUGUAAAAUCAAAAUAUUAAAGUGUCUUAUGCAAUGGCAACGUGAAAGUACAGUUUUAUACAACGUUUUUUCUUCUCUGCUUUUUUAUACCGUACAUAUAUAAAUUUUUUCUUGUGUUAUUUAUUUAUUUCAACCACACAAAAGAGAUAAAAUAUUUAAAAAAAAAAAUCUACAGGCAAUGUGAAUAAAAGAAAGCAACAUUGACAAAAAUCAAGAGGCAAGAAAACAACGUUGGUACAGAGGAAAAAGAAGAAAAUAAAAAAAACAAUACCAAUAUAUAAAAGUUAUACUGAAUUGACAAGAAUUGGCCACUUCAAGUAUUGGGCAGUUGAAGUUUAAAAAAAAAGAAGAAAAAAUAAUAAAACGAAGGAGAGUUGAAAUUUUUGUACCUUUUUUGCAUAAUAUAAAAAAAAACUGUGAUAAUACAUUUUCUCUUGGCUUAAAGACAACACAAGGCAAAAAAAAAUAACAACUAAAAUCUUUUUUUUACAAAGAAAAAAAAUCAAAUUUACAACUUAGGAAAAAAAACACAAAAAUAAGAAAAUUUUUGAGAGCAAAGACAAGAAAUUUUCCUAAUAAAAUCACUGCUGAAAAGUAAAUUGAGAAGACUUGAAGAGAGAGACGUUUGAGAAAACUUUCGACUGCAAUUGAUAUUCUUUUUCCUUCAUUUUUGGCAACAAAUUUGAGCUUUUUGGAGAAAUUAUUCGUUGGACGGUUUGGUAUUUUGCGUGUAAGGAUGUCCUCAGUCAAUGUAAAAUGCACAUGGAAGAUAUUUCACGUGGAAAUUGUGUCAAUUUCUCGUUGACAAACAAAAUAGGAAUGAUAAAUUGAGUGCAUUUGAGAUAAAGAUCGAGAACAAGAAACAUUUCUUGAGUUGAAGGGGACAAAACGCACUCAGAACAGUGUCUCCGGGAGUGAAAGAAGACGUUUUUUUUUUUGAUAAGGAAAAUGUGAUGUUUGAAAAAAUUUUGUGUAUAAGUGUUGAUAGCCCAAAUGGACACUCAAGAGAAAGAAAUUUGCAAAAGAAAAAAAGAAAACAAACUUAUUGGAUAGGUAAAAAAUGAUUUUAGCCAAGUGGUAAAUGUUGGUGAAUGAACAAAAGACGUGGGUGUUGAUAUCCAAAAAGGGAGCUUUUUGUCCAUUCACUGCGAAUGGAACUUUCGUGUUUUCCCAAAGACGACAGAGAAAAGAAGAGAAGACAGAAACGUGAAAAGUGAUCCACAAACUGCAUUUAGUAUCUAAGUUUUUUUUUUCUUUUCGUCUAACCAUCCUUGUUCAAACAAGGAAAUUUGUGUUCAUCUCACUUUCCACAAAGUUUCUUUUUUUUUCUUUUGGGGGAAAAAGCACAAAAGAACUUUUCCCGCCCUCAAAGAGUGGCAGUGUUUUGGGAAUAAAGAUAAAACGACGAUCUUUUUUCUUUUGAAUUUUCGUCAGUGUUACUUUUUUGUAUCACAGUGAUUCUUUGUGGGUGAGAGAGGGAUAGACCUACCUAAAAAUAGUGUGAUUAAACAAGAGACGAGAUUAAAUGCAUACCUCGAGAAUGUUUGAUAUGUGGAGCACAGUCACCACUAAAUUAGAUGGACACACUUCGGUGCAGAGCAACAUUCAGACAACUUCUGUCCAGAGUCCGUCUAGUGGGUCGAUUAAAGCUCAAAUUGAGAUAAUCCCAUGCAAAGUGUGCGGAGACAAAUCAUCGGGCGUGCAUUAUGGUGUGAUCACAUGCGAGGGCUGCAAGGGCUUCUUCAGACGAUCGCAAAGUUCUGUGGUGAAUUAUCAGUGUCCACGGAAUAAGCAAUGUGUAGUGGAUCGUGUCAAUAGGAAUCGAUGUCAGUAUUGUCGACUGCAAAAGUGCCUCAAAUUGGGAAUGAGUCGUGAUGCUGUAAAAUUUGGACGAAUGUCGAAGAAACAGAGGGAAAAGGUGGAGGACGAGGUGCGGUUUCACCGAGCACAGAUGAGAGCUCAGAGUGAUGCAGCACCUGAUAGUUCUGUCUUUGACACCCAAACGCCAUCAAGCAGUGAUCAACUUCAUCAUGGGUAUAAUGGGUACACGUACCUCAAUGAGGUGGGAUAUGCUAGUCCCUAUGGUUACUCCUCAUCUGUGACGCCUCAGCAGACAAUGGGUUACGACAUUUCCGCCGAUUAUGUGGACAGUACAACAACAUAUGAGCCUCGAAGUACGAUGAUUGAUCCCGAUUUCAUUGGGGGACACACCAGCAGUUCUGGCCCUCAGCAAUCCUCCUCCUCGCCACCAACACCGACAGCGGUGGCUCAACCAGGUGCCACGGCGGACAAUCAAACAACCACCGGAAAUGGUACAAACAAUUCAAGUACAAUUGUCACCAUAAAGCAAGAAUCACUCCAAAGUGUUGACAAUUUAGUUGGCAAUUUUGUCGAUUCCACGACUUUCUUGCACUCACCAAAUAGUCAAAUGGUUAACCCAAAUCUCGUUCAAGUUCAAGGAGCGUCAGCAGGCAACAAUAUACGCCGAGGAUCUGAGUGCUGCCAUGGUGAUUCAAAUCCUCCUGGUUCGGGUUCCCAGAGCCACCAACAUCAGAAUGCCCAAAUAACUCAAAUAACCACAUUUGGAGAGGACGAUAGCUCUUGUGAUUCCCAUACAAGAUGGGCCGAAGGUGACAUCAAUGAAGUGUUAAUUAAAACACUUGCUGAGGCGCAUGCAAACACAAAUCUCAAGUUAGAAGUAGUUCAUGAUAUGUUUAGGAAACCGCAGGAUAUGUCUCGGAUAUUGUACUAUAAGAAUUUGGGUCAGGAGGACUUGUGGUUGGAUUGUGCAGAAAAGUUGACAGCAAUGAUACAAAAUAUCAUCGAAUUCGCCAAACUCAUACCUGGUUUUAUGAGGUUAAGUCAAGAUGAUCAGAUUCUCCUGCUGAAAACUGGCUCAUUCGAAUUGGCCAUCGUAAGGAUGUCACGACUGAUGGAUCUCUCACAAAAUGCUGUUCUAUAUGGUGAUGUCAUGUUGCCACAGGAGGCCUUCUAUACCUCUGAUUCAUUUGAGAUGAAAUUAGUUGCAUUUAUCUUUGAGACUGCAAAAAGUAUUGCGGAACUUAAACUCACAGAAACUGAAUUGGCACUCUAUCAGAGUCUUGUGUUGCUGUGGCCAGAACGAAAUGGUGUCCGAGGCAAUACGGAAAUUCAAAGACUGUUCAAUAUGAGCAUGUCAGCAAUACGACAAGAACUAGAAUCAAAUCAUGCACCGCUUAAGGGAGAUGUCACGGUGUUGGACACACUUCUCAAUAAAAUUCCAACAUUUAGGGAACUUUCCCUGAUGCAUAUGGAAGCACUGAGCAAAUUCAAACAGGAUCAUCCACACUAUGUGUUUCCUGCACUGUACAAGGAGCUCUUCUCCAUCGAUUCACCCCAAGAUCUCACAUAACAUAGCGACGACAAUGCCGCCGUGGUUCUCAUCAUACAAGAGGCAGAAAUAGAAUACAUCUGAAGGAGAUUGUGUGGUGUUCAAUACAAAAAAAAAGCAGAGGAAAUUCUAGGCACACGGCAUAUUAUAAAGGUAUGGGGACAAGAGUAACAUUACUAUUUAACAGUGAAGAAGAAAAAAGGAAGAAAAGAAGGAUAAGAAAAAAAUAGCGAAGAAAAGUGAUAAUUGUUUCAGAAGAAAACUAUACUGUGUGUGAAAUGUCUUUAAUUCAUUUUCUAUCCCUCGAGAAAUGUUUAAAGGAAAUUUUUUCUAUGAAUUUUCUUUGCAUGUUCUUGGUCUCUUUAUUGUAAUUUAUUUAUUUUGUUCACAAUUCUCUCUUUCUCAUUCUCCUCUUCUUCGGGAAAUUCUUCUAAUUUUCUCAAAGAUUCGUGGAGAAAGGGGAUUUUUCUUUUGUGAAAGAAACUCAAAAACUGCCUUCGUUUUAGCGAAACGUUUGUGUUCAUUUUAUAAUUUUUUUUUUAUAAAAUAAUUAGUUUUUUACCAGUAUAUUUUUUUCGAAAUAUUUGUAGAUUGAUUGCAUUUUCUUGUGUAUUUGUUUAUUUACUUAAUUCUCAAUGGAUUCUCCAGUAAAAUUAGAAAAAAGGGAAAUCCUUCAGAACAAGUGAGAAAAUCUGCAAAAGAAGAAGGUCUCGAGAUCAAGAGGAGGGAUGAAAAUGAGAGAAUAAAGAGGAGAACACAGUGAAAACGUAUAGAAAAUGCAAUUAAAUUAAGAAAUGUAAUUUUAUGCACAUAAUUUGUAUUAAUUUAAAAUAAUUUAACUGAGAAGAUAAAAACUGAUUUGGAGAAAAGCUAUAAAAAAAAAUAAGGAAAAAAAUUUUUGUAGCAAAAAAACAAAACACUGGAAAAGUUUAUCCUUCUGGAUAUUUUAUGUAACUUCUUUUACUUUUUUUCUUUUGUCUUUUUUUUUGUGUAAUAACAUGUCAUUUAGUUAACGUUACUCAAAUUUUAUUUGCAUUGAAAAUAUUAUUGGUGUAUAUUGAAUUUUUAAAUAACUACUUUGAUAGUUCUGUUCUUGUUGUUUUUUUUUAUAAUUCGUAGAAUUUAAUUUUUUAUAGUUUUGUUUGUUUCUAAUUAAUAACUUUUCCCCGUGACGUAAUGUGAGAAAACUAUUUUUUUUUUCUAAUUGACCCACGCGAUUGAUUUUUCUGUAUUAUACAAAAAUUUCUUGUGAAAAAGAAUUUAUUUACUUUUCUUUUAAAUUAAUAAAAUUCUCUCGAAAGCCAAAACAUCCGUAAUGUCCCAGUUUAUUUUCAAGAAUGAAAAUAAUUAAUUUGAUAAAUCCAGUGAAAGAAAUAACUGCGUUUUUCGAACAGUAUUUUUUCAAUUUUGACAGUUGAAAAAUAAAUAUAUUUUGCAAUUAUUUUAAAAAAAUAUAUUAAUAAAGCAUUAUGAAAAUUAUGUUCUAAAGCGAACAAAGCUUUGGCCAAUUCUCAUUGGCAGAAGCUUUUAAAGCUUUCUAACUUUCAAGCUCUACCCAAUCAGACAACGCAGUGACAUGAAAAGAUGGGAAUAAAUAUUUGAUUAUAUUUAAAUAUUGUAGUGUCAUUGUCUUUUCUGAUUGGCUGGAACUUCGCAAGCUUUGAAAGCUUUCGUGCUCCAGCCAAUUAGAAACUGUCGCUAGACUGAAAUUAUUUAUGGAAUUAAAUACUUAUUUAUUAAAAUAUUUUAAUGUCAUUGCUGUUUCUAAUUGGCUGGAGCUUGGAAAACUAUAAUGGCUUUCAAGCUCUAGCCAAUCAGAGAACCGAAUGGGACUGAAAUAUUUUGUGGAAUUAAAUAUUUAGUUGUUGCAGUAUUUUAUCAUUAUCGUAAUCUUUGACUGGCUGGAGCUUUGAAAACUUUCAAGCUCCAGGUUUGAGAGCUUUCAAAUACCAGCCAAUCAGAGUACGCUGCAAAAUUAAAAUAUUUUAUGGGAUUAAAUAUUUAAUUUUUAAAAUAUUUAAUUAUCAUUGUGUUUUCAAAUUGGAUGGAAUUUUGAAUGGAACUGAAAUAUUUUAUGGAAUUAAAUAUUUAAAUAUUAAAAUAUUUUAGUGCCAUUGCGUUUCUUAAUUGGCUAAAGUUUUGAAAGCUUUGAGGGCUUUCAAGCUCUAGCCAAUCAGAUAACGCAAUGAAAUUGAAAUAUUUUAUGGAAUUAAAUAUUUAAUUAUUAAGAUAUUUUAGUGCCAUUGCGAUCCUUAAUUGGCUACAGCUUUGGAAGCUUUGAGGGCUUUUAAGCUUGAACCAAUCAAAAAGCGCAAUGGAACUGAAAUAUUUUAUGGAAUUAUAUAUUAUUUAUCAAAAUAUUUUAGUACCAUUUCAUUCCUUAAUUGGCUAAAGCUUUGAAAGUUUUUAGGGCUUUUAAGCUUUAGCCAAUCAAAAAGCGCAAUGGAACUGAAAUAUUUUAUGGAAUUGAAUAUUUAUUUUCAGAAAUAUUUUAGUCUCGCAGUCGUUUCUGUUUGGCUGUAUCUCCAAAAGCUUUGCGGACUUUCAAGCUACAGCCAAUCAGAGAAUGCUCGGUGACUAAAAUAUUUUACGACAUUACACAUUUAAUUACGCGUGGGUUUGGCUCAAGAUUGAAAAAUAGAUAAAGUUUCUGCAGUUUCCCAAAGAAGAAUUUUCAGUAAAACUUUCUACGAAAAGAAGAAAAUUUUUACUUAAGAUUACCUUCUGGGAAAUUUACAAAGCUUCAGAGACAUAAUUUCUUUUUUUGCCAGAAAAGAAAAGUUCAAAAAAUAAAGCCUUAGAAGAGCAUUAUCCGGAAAAUAAAUAAUAUAAAUGCCAUUUAAAUAUAUUAAUCCCAUCCUGUUCUCUGAUUGGUUCGAGCAUUAUACGCUUUGAGGUUCCUGCCAAUCAGAGAAUACAAUGUCAUUAGAACAUUAUUGAAGAAAACAAUAUUUUUAAAAGUUAUUUUUCAAUACUAAAUCAGUGAGGAUAAAUUAUAAAUUUCAUUGAUUUCUUUUUGGAUUUCAAUUACAAUUUUUUACUAUGAAUUUAGAUUUGUAAUUAACGCACACCUUUUCGAUUUGGUGAAUUUUAAUUUCGAUUUAGUGAAAUUUGUUUGUCACAGUUAGACGUCAAUUUCAAAUUGUCAAGUUGUAUUUACUUUACAUACAAAAAAAAGUCAGUGAAUGUGUCAAGAUAAAGAAUUUGUAAAGAAAAUUUCAUUUCUCUACGUUCUGAUGCAUUUUUUGAGUUUAUUUUUGUUUCGCAGCUGUCAAAAUACGAUAUUCAUCAAUUAGGGUUGCCAUAGAAUAUCUUCCAAUAUUGUGUAAAUUUUAAUUUUCAUGAGAAAAUAUGAUUUUUGUUUCUCAUUCUUAGAAAGAUAUAAUCAUGUACUACGACAUUUCGAUCGACUGAAUUUGACUGACUGAAGUAAAAUUAUUUUUUUAAGUCAAUUUUUAAAUUUCUACCGGCAUUCUUUACUGACUGAAUACGUUUUUUUUUAUUUUUACUUAGUAAUUCUGUAUUGGAAUACAAGGAUUUUUAGCAAACUAUUAAUUUCUGUUAGUAAAUCAUUUAUAACUUAAAAAUAUGUCUGUGAAAAUUUUUUGAUGAUCAGUAAACAAUAUUUUGGAUACCAAAUAAGCCUAAAUUCAAUAGAAUCUAAAUUGGAAAAAUUAAAUUUUCGGAUUGCUAAAAUAUUGAAAGAAUUGUUUUGAAACUUAUAAAUACGUUUUUUGCUGAAAACGAACUAUUUCUGUCGAUUUAAUUUAGUUUGUUCGAAAUUUUUGUGAUCUCGAAAUCUAAAUUCAUAAUCUUUAGAACACUUUCUACUUUCUAUUUUUUGUAAUAAAGUUUUCCAUCCCUCUCUCUGUAAAGUAUUAUGUAUGGUCAUUCCACUUUUUCGUACUCUUCUUCUUCCUUUGAGCAUCACAACAAAUUCAAUUUAGAUCUGAGUGUGAAAGGGAGGUAAAGAAGAGAAUUUGAGAAAAAAAUAUACUUGAUAGAAGCUUUAAAAUCGAGAUUACUUAGUAAGCUUAAUUAGAAGCUAUUUUCAUUUAAAAAGAACUGUCAAACCUGCUGAUAUCAUAUGCCAACCCAAAACGCUGAAUUAGCUUUUGACAGUAAGCUAUACCCAAAUAAAAUUGGUGAAUAUUUGGACAAUUUGCAAACGAAAAAGUUUACUUCAAUUAAGCUUAAAAGAACUGUACAAAAUUACCUUUCACUGGUCAUUAAGUCAUUAAGUCAACAACCAAAAUUAUUGAGCGACAAAUAAAAUUUCACUAAAUCAAAAUACUCUCUUUUCAUCAUUAUGCUUAACGCACAAUAACUUUUGUUUUGUAAAUAUGUUUUUGACAUUUCAAUGAGAGUGAGUGAGAUCUAGAUCUACUCAUCUCGUUCACUCUCAUGGGAAAUUUUGAAAACAUGUUUACAAAACAAAAGUUAUUGUGCACUGGGCAUUACUGUCUAAAUUGAAUUUAAUACUGUUGAAAAAAUUGCAGCGAAUAGAUUUUUAAUAAAUAUAAAAACAGUUUAGAGGGAUAUUUUAAAAAUAAAACUCUUCAUUUAAAAGACAAUUUGACACACAAUACAGACAAAGAAAAAUAAAAAUAGGAAAUUUCAUAACUAGAAAAAAGAAACCAAAAAACAACAUUAAAAUAAAAUAAAACAUCAAUAUUGCAUUCAUAUUUACAAUUUAAAAAGUAUUGAAAAAUUAAUAAAACAAAUAAUAAAUAAAAUUUUUAAUUACAUUAAUUUUUAUUUUCUGAAUUUUAAGAGGAAGAUCAAAUAAUGAAAGUUGCUUUUUGUUCCUAAUUUGGCAAAAGUUCCUUUCAUAUUUGACGACUUCCUAUCAACUAUUUUGAAAAAGAAGGAAAUCUCCACACUUUGAAAUAAUAAAAUGCAAUCUAAUAUUUAUAAAGAAAAAAAAACAGAGAAAUAGAUUUAUAAAAAGAACAGUAAUUGUUAGAAUCACUUAAUACAGUUUAUUGAAGAAGUAAAAAGACUUUUUACAUGCAAUAUCAAUCUAAAAACAAAAAACAAAAACGAAACCUUGAACUGAGGAUUGCAAUUUCUUUCUUGAUUUUUUUUUUAAAUGAUUUGUCCUUUGUCUGUUUUGUUGUAAUUUCAGCAAUAUUUAGAGCAGGACCCUUACCCCAGAAAAAAAAACAAAAAAUUAAAUAGAAGAAAAAGAAGCUGGAGAGGAACGUAAGAAAAAAUAGUGAACGAAGAGAAAAUCUUGUGAUAUGUUAAAAAGAAUACAAAAAAAGGAGGGAGUGAAGGAAAAGUGUGUGAAAAUAGCUGUAAAAAUCCUUGUUAAAAAUAUUUUUAUUUUGUUUUUUUUUGUAUUAUUUUCCAAGAAAACGUUUCUGAAAUUCUUUUGCAUCUUCAUGAAGAAUAAAUUUAAAAAUGAAAAUUUUAAAAAAUAAAAAUAAAAGAGAAAAACGGAAAGACAUGAAAAAAUAUACGAUUAAAAAUAGCUGAGAAAAAGAACUUUUAAAAAAUAGACAAAACAAUAAAAGAGAUUUAGUAAGAAAGCAAAUGAAAAAAAACAAUCUUCUAUACGUACUAAAGAAAACAUUAAUAGAAAACAAAUAAUAUUAAAAGAAAAGAAUGAUAAAGAAAAUAGACAUUUUCCGAGUAGAAAGAAUUUAAAAUAAAAUACACUUUUCAUGAAAUUUGUUUUUCUCAAAAUACAAAAAAAAUAAAAAUUCCUAAACACAAAAAAAAAUCAUUGAUAUAAAACAUUUUUUUAGAAAAAUUACUUUGGCUAAUUCUUCCUCAAAAAAUAUUGGUUAUUCACCUCAUAAAUAUUUUUUCAUGUUGAUCGUGAUGAUUGUAAAAUCAUCGAGAAUACAAGAAAAUAGUAGAAAUAUUACAAUUUUUCAAAAAAAAAAAACAAAAAUCCAGUAAAUGAAGAAUGAAAAUACCGAAAAAAAUAAAGAGAGAGAGAAACUUAUAAAUGUAUGGGUGCUUCUAUAAUAAAAAAAAAUGAAGAAAAAUACAUGUAUGAAUUAAUUGCCUUAAAUAAAAGAUAAAUGAUGAAAAAAAGAAGAUUUAAUAUAUAUUAAUGACAUAAAAUAUAUACUAAAAAAAAUAAAUCUGAAUAAUUUAAUAUUAAAUAUAAAGAAUUAUAUUAGUAAUUAUUAUUAACUAUUAUUAUAUACAAUAGUAAGAGAAAAAAAAAACAAAAAAGCUAAAAAAAAAACUUGUUAAACAUAAAUGAAACCUUUAAAAAAAAUUAUAUUUCACAGAAUACAGCAAAGUAAAAAAAAAUUAAAAAAAGAGUGCAAGAAAUGAGUGUGAGUGAAGAGAAGGAAAAGAGUUUAAGAAUAAAAAAAAUCUGAGAGAGAGAAAUAGAUAAAAAAAGAAAAUUACUAAAAAAAACUAAAAGAUUGAUAUUAGAUACAAUUUUUUUUCUGAGAGUAGUCUUAAGUGCAUAAAUUAAAAAGAAAAAAAACUAAAAGAAAAAAAUAUUACAUAAAUUAUACAACACUUUUACAAAAUGAAAAAAAAACAUAAGACGAAAAUACUUAGUGAUUAGUCGCAAAAAGAAAAAAAAUCAUUUUCAAAUCAACUUUUAUCAGACAAAAGAAAAUAACUUUCCAUUUAAAAAAAAAGAGAAAUAAAACUCAUAAUACCCUUGGGCAGAAGAUGGACAAAUUGGGAAUGAAUUUGGUGGGAAAUUUUUCGGGGUAAUUCGGGGGAAAGGCUUAAUUGACAAAUUAAUCUCUACAGAGUUGCAUUUAAAAUUCACAAAAAAGACAUUAAAACAAAAAUGAAUACACGUAAAAUAUACACAAAAAAAAUGUUCAAUUUCAAUCCGUAAUAUUUCGAUAAUAAAACAUUUUUACUAUAAAAAGAAAAUUUAGAAGAAGAAAAAACGAACUUUGUUUUUAGAUAAUUACUAAAAUUUUAAAGGUUAUUUCUAUUUUUCAUUAUUUUUCAAAAAAAAAGCUAAAGGUUUAUGCGAUUUUGGAGAUCUUUCAGUGGAAGUCAAUUCUAACCUCAAUUUAACCUCAAUGGCAUUUUUGUUGAAAAUUAGUCGUGUUUUGCUUUUCUGCAGAAAAAAAGCCUUCCACAUUUCGUAAAAUAUUGAUACCGAAUUUUGUUUUGUUAAAAUCUUUUAAUUUUCCAGAGAAUCUUUGUCAAAGUCAACAUAACCUGAAAAUUAUGAACGUUUUUUUACUGAGAAUGAUUCGAAGAACUCAAUAAGUCAAGUGGUAGAACUCUCGCUGUAUAAUGCGAAACAGAACUCAAAUUGUUUAAAAUUCUAACCUACAAAAUUUAACCUUCUUGAAUAUAAUGUAAUUCCAUUUGUUUGAGGUUAUGUGCAAAAUAAUCAAAACUAUUUUGCGAUGAUAGCUUCAUCGUCCUCAUUUAGUUCUAUGCAAAAACCACUAAGAAAAAUGAAGGACUGCUCUUAGAAAAACGGUUUGCGAAUACUGAAAAACUAACCUUACAAAAUCGCAAAAAUGGCAACAUUGUAUUUAAAAUUCCCAGUGUUAAUCGUCUGAUGGCACAAUGCUAACUGGCUUAAUGUAUAAAUGCCUUUAUUGAGGUAAAUCGCGGUAACUCUUCCCAAACGUUGAAAAGUAUAACCUAAAAAACACAAGUGUAACGGAUUCGUCGAUUUUAUUUGCGUUUUUUUUAUUAAUGUCACAUCAAAUUCAGUAAAUGCUGCCAUGACCCAGAGACCACAGUAAAUAAAAGAUGCGUUUUCAGUAUAUUUUUGCUAAAUCCAUCAGCAAAAAUGUGCUAACCGGUCAGCAGCAGUCGAACAAAAAGUGCUAACCAAAUAUCUGGAACUGCCUCGGAAUUUUCGUUUAGGGUUUGCAGAAUUCAGCUGAAAAUAAAAAUAUUUUAAACUAAAUUGGAAUCGUAGCAUUAGAACGCGUUCUUUGGAACACAAAUAUAGCAACGGUCCGUGAACGUUUAUUUUAACCUUAAAAUCGUAAAAAGUGAGAUUCGCUGAUUUUAUUAACAUUAAUAAUUUAUAUUGCGUUUAAUGCAGCCAACACUUAUCGCCCAAAUAAAGAACGCUUUCGCUUGUAGCGUCUGGAAGAACACCAAGGAAACCAAUGCAAGUGCUGAAAAUUCUAACCUCAAAAUGAUAAAAAAAAACCAUAGCUUGGUAAUUUUAAGAAACGUAUUAACAUGUUGUGAAGACUUUAAGCGACAGUAAAUGGCAGUAAAUGCUGUAUACGUUAGUUAACGAUUUCUAAUUUUUGUUGCAUCUAUUGCAGCCAAUGUUUAUCGCCCAAACGUUAAAUGCUUUCGCUCGUGGCGUCUAAAAUUGUUUUAAAGGGUUCAAUCACGAAAAUCGUUAAGAAUGCUGAAGAUUUCAAUCUCAAAAUGUCAAAAAAGGAAGGCUUAUUGAUUUUGCAUUAAGAUUAAAUGCUUUAUAAGGACUUAUGUGUGGAUAGUAUUCCCAAACGCUGGGAAUUCUAACCUAAAAAUGGCAGUAACUGCUAUAUGUGUUGGUUUCAAGCAAUUUUUCAUUUUUGUUGCACCUAUUGUGGCCAAUGUUUAGCACUGGAGCGUUGAACGUUUUCGUUUAUAGAGACUGAAUUUGUCCUAAGGGGUUCAAUCCCGAAAAAAAUUACGAAUGCUGAAAAUUCUAACCUCAAAAUUGCAGUAAAUGUUCUAUUCAUUGAUUUUAGGCGAUUUCUUAUUUUUUGCCUCUAUUCUAACCAGUGCUUAACGUUAGAGCGUUGAACGCUUUCGCUGUUAGUGUGUAAAAUCGUCAUAGGAGCUUCAAUCACAGAAACCGUUACGAAUGCUGAAAAUUCUAACCUCAAAGAGGCAAAGAAUCAGGACUUGCUGAUUUUAUUUCUAUUUUCUGUCACAUUAUGUCAGAUUGAGUCACCACUGAGCAACCAGGCGCAAGGAAAACUCGCUUAAUGAUUAACCACGUUCUAGGAAGUAUAAACGUAGAACCCGUUCUCAAGUGCUGAAAAUUUUAACCUAAAAAUUACAAAAACUGCUUUAUUCGUUAAUUUGAAGCGAUUUUUCAUCUUUUGUCUGGAGUCGUUUUUUAGUUUAUUUAUUCCACGGACGUGAAUGCUGAAAAUUCUAACCUCAAAAGGGCAAAGGAUCUGGGCUUGGUGAUUUUAUUUCUAGUUUUAUGUAUCUUGCAUCUGAUCCUGUCAUAGCAAUCAAGCGCCAGGCCAAUUCGUUUAACUACGUUCUAAGGAAUUUAAGCGUGAAAAUUAUAUUAAAGCACUGAGAAUUCUAACCUCAAAAUUAUAAAAAAGAAGGAUUUACCUUUACAUUGAAACGAUUUUUCAAUUUUGAUGCAUCUAUUGCAGUCAAAGCUAAGCUUCAGAGCGUUAAACGCUUUUGUUUAGGGCAUUUGAAAGUGUCCUAGGAAGUUUCUUCAAGAAAACCGUUGUGAAUUCUAAUAUUCUAACCUCAAAGUGCUUAUUACCUACAAACUUUGAGGUUAGAAUUUUCAGCAAAGUUUCAAGUGCUCUUUUAUGUCUUUAAUUUGAUCUCGAAAAUCCCAUAAACCUGCAAAUCUAAAACAAAGACAAAAAAAGGAACAAAACCAAUUUUAUGCACAAAGAAUCUUCUCAGAAUGAGACAAAAGAAUGAAUUUUUGAAAAUUUUGGCAUAUUUUUUCAUAGAUGAAAUUUAGUCUUCUUUUCCUUCUUGUUCAAAAGAAUUUUUAAACAAAAAAAAUGAUGAAAGUGCGCGUAUGUAAAGUAUAUCUUGUAGGGAUUUAUUUAAUUAAUUUUAAUUUGUUCAUAGAACAUUAGUAAAAAAAAAGAGAAAACAAGAAAAAGGUGAGAAAAUAGAAACGUUAAUAUAUUGCAAAAGAAAAAAUAAAUAAAAUGAAACACACAAAGUCGAAAUUAUUCAUAUUUUGAAGAUGAAAAGGUAUAUAAAAAAAAGAUGUAGGACGUAAGUGAUGCAAAUAAUUAUUUCUUAAUUUAUAAUUAAAUACUAAAAAAAACAAACAGAAGAUGGAAAAGUGGAGAAUUUAAAUUAAUUCUUAGGGUUUAUUUUGGGUGAAAGGGUAUUAAAGGAAAGUUUUGAUCGAGGACUGUUUGUCGCUCAAAUUUGAGUGAUGAGUCUUGAAUAAAGAAAAUUAUUGUCUCAUUUCCAAUUUUCGUUUUUUUUGUUAUUCUACAAACAACAAAUUAAUUAAAAGAAAAAAAUGAACCUAUUAAAAUGAUGGAAUCACUGUGAAAUUGUAAGAGAUUUAGGAUGGAUCCGCUAGGCGUUAGAUGUAAUGGGCAUGAAAAAUCUUUUUUAUGUAAUAUUGUACAUACUUUUUUGUGUACAUAAGAAAAACAACAAAAAAAAACGUAAGUAAUGUGAAAAAUUUCGACUCUAAACAAACAAAUUAAGAAAAGAAAUAUAAACAAUUUAAUUUUAGAGAAAUUUCUUUUUUCUAACUAGAUUUUUUUUUGUUGAAAAGUAAUUGUUUUAAUGAAUUACAAAAUGAAUCACAUUUUAUUAAAUGCAAAGCAUCAGUAAUGUGUAAGAAGGGUAUUUUUUAUGAUUGAGAGAAAAUAUUAAUUAUUACUUUUAGCAGAAAAAACAAAAAAGAAGAAAGAUGUAAAGAUUUUAACUUUGUUGUUUCCUUCUCUGAGUAUAAAGAAAAAACCACAAAUCACAAAAGAAAUAAGAAGAAAAAAAGAAUCCUUCAGUAUAUAGAAAUUUCUCAGAAUUGUAGAGAAAUUGAAAAUGAAAAUGAAAAGAAUAUUUAAAGAAAUUGAAAGAAAGAAAAAAAAAACACAAAAGAAUAUUAAAUGGAUGAUGAACAUUAAAAGAAGUAAAUUAUCAUGUACCUAUAAUAAAUUCAUAUAAUUGUAAUAACUCUUAUAUAGUUUUCUUCUUUUUAUUCUUUUAAAAAUAAAUAAAUUAAUAAAGAUGAUGAAGAAAAUAGAAAGAGAAGAGAAAAACAAUUUUUGAAUUAAGCAAAAUUUUGAGAGAAAAUAAAACGAUCAGCAAAGUUAGGAGACAAGGUGAGGAAGUAAGAAAAAAAGUGGGAGAAAGUAAGAAGAAAAACCUACAAAAAAUAAUAAACACAAAUCUAAUUAACUAGUAAUAAUUGAAAGAAUUAAAGAUUAUUGAGAAAACAAGGAGAAAAAAAGUGAAAAAAUAAAUAGAAGAAAAAGCAAAAAGAGAAGAUCUUUUCUUUUGUUUUUUUUUUAAUUAAAAACAAUAUGUUGAAGAAAAAAGUAAAAAAGAUUUUUAUUGAAAGUGUACAGAAACUAUUAUACUAAUUAAUACAUUAUUAAAUAUAUACAAAAAAAAAGUGACGAAAUAAGAAU